CCUGUAUCUGUCAUAUCAUAUAUACUUUCACCUCAUCAACUAUGAGGGGCCUGCAGCCAUAUAAGAUUCUUUUGCGUCCGCUUACGAGGUCUCACGUUGCUGCUAUCAGACCACACUGCGACCUAAUAAAUGAGAGAAGAGCUUCUUUUGGCGAACCCAAGAACAGAACCCUGUCGCCCCCACGUACCACUGGUACUCGCAACUUUCGUUGAGCCUCAAGCGUGAGCACCCAUGGCUAUUCUAGACCAGUCGUCCCUUGAGCUAGCAGGUAGCACAUUCGCUUUUGUAGAUGGCUUGAACAAUACCUAUUCGACGAGGGCCACGAGGUCUCAUGUAAUGACCAAUGCAUAUCGAGAAAAGAAGAAACUGCUAGCGAACAACAAGGGAAAGAGAAACAAGACUCUGGUACCGAAGACCUGGACCUUUGAGGUGCAUAGCAAUGGUCCGCCCACUGUUCCGUUAAAUCCAAUGGCUGUCUCGGAUGCCUCGACACCAGAACUUACCUUUUCGGCUUCAGGCUCUCCAUUAUCUGAGACUUUCUCGGAUUUCACUUGCUCCGAUGAAGAACUUCUAGCCGGAAUCUCAAGCCAUUCUUCUUUCCAACCUCGCACGAUAAUUCCAGCUGGGCUCGUCGACCAUUUUGCAACCUUGCCCGUAGCCCGCACUCCCAUAAUCGACGAAUUUGUCGCUGCAUAUCUCGGCCCUCCGUAUGACUAUGGCCUGGGAAAGCGACCCUCGAUGGCUUUCAACUAUCGCCGAGCUAGAUUUAGAGCCAGUCUGAACGAUGAAUGCAGUUUCUACGCCAUGCUAAGCUGGCUUGGAAGGCGAGCCCAAUUGACAGGGGAUUGGACAACGAUGCUACACAGUAUGCGCUUUAAAGGCAAGUGCAUGAAUAUUAUCGCAGGGAGAUUAAGAGACCAUCAGCUUGAGGGGAAAGAUGUAGACGAGGGUAUGAUGUAUGGAGCUUUGGAUCUCUCGAAUGGAGAGCUGAGAAAUGGAAAUGUUGCCGCUGCGAAAGUUCAUUGGCAAGGGCUACGUGAUAUGGUUAUCGCCAAGGGUGGCCUUGGUAAUCUCAUUCAUCACGUUCCUCUCAUUUACUCUAUCGUGUGGAACUACAUGGCUCUAGGUUUCGAUCAAGACAUAACCUGGGACUACAUGCCACCAAUCUGUGCCGCAGACCGCAUCGACACUCACGACACACAAAUAUGCGCUGAAGAGCUCAUCGCCUUCAUCUCUCGUCUCCAAGAGCCAUCCACACACCAAUACCUCACUCAGCCAACAAUCGUCUCUGCUCUGUCCUCGAAAACGCUUCUGCACGCUGCAUUAUGUUCCACGAACGGACGUCUCUGUCUCGCAAUGCGAAACGAUGAUGCAAAGUAUUGUGACAAUCUCAGAGGCUCUGAGUUCGACCUCGCGCUUUGUGCUGGACGGAGAAGAAAUGCUCAGGAAAUUCCACCACAUACGUAUGUCCUUCGCAAUAUGCAAUCGCCUCGCCCUGCUAUUCUAGUCUUCAUCCUCUUCAUCCUAUUGUCGAUCAAGGACAAAGCAGCAGGACCCAAUGAACACCUCUUGGUUCCGACUCUGUCGCAUCUCUUCCUAGCAAUGGAGAAGGCGCUGCACGAAAUCGACUUUGACUGGUACCCUUACGACUUAGAGACUGUCCUCACAUAUCUGAUUCGCGGUAUUGACCUGUUCCGUGUUUCUUGUCCCUGUCUGACGGGGCCAUGUCUUUUGUGUGGCGGAGGAGUAUACAAAGGACAGCCGAAGAAAGGUUCACUGUUUGAAGGAGAGAGGUUUCCAGAUUGGCCAAUCGUGUUUGCAGUGGCAAGAGUGAUGGGUGGGAUGAGGAAAUUGCAGAGAGGUACGAGGAGAAAGUUGGAGGCUGUCAUGAGGGAGCUUUUCUUUGCAGGUGAUCCUGGUUCCGGAGCAAGGUCCUGUGUUUUAGGAUGUGACGAGAGUGGCGUUCCGAAUGAGUUGGGUAAUGGAGAUGGGGAUACGGUGUAUCCUACGGCCUUAGGGAGUUUGAAAGAGACGAUUUGCUUGGAGUUAGGAGUUAGAAAAGACUGAGAUGUUUGGUAUGUCUGUCUGGAUCUCGAUUUCAAUGUUGCUCAACCCGAAAAUGGUAAUUGGUUUGCGCAUCUUCAUGGCAACGCUCAGCAGACUGUUGCUGCCUCAGAUAUUUAUGAUUUAGAUAAUCUCAGACGACAGUUCCC